UGCUACAGAUAGCGCUUCGUUUUCUCUAUCUGUCUUCUCUCUUGUCCUCGAACACCGGACAUUCUGAUUUUCCAAUAUACAUAAUUAUUAGCAAAAAUGUCGGCGUGGAGACAAGCAGGUUUAAAUUAUAUUAAUUAUUCUCAAAUCGCAGCAAGAUUAGUCAGACAAGCUUUAAAAGCUGACUUGAGGGCAGAGGCUGCGAAACGUGAUGAAGUCAAUGUAAAGUUUACUCAAUGGAAAGAUGGGAAACCUGUCACUGAAAAGAUGUAAUCACAAUGAUCAAAACUGCCUAGAUGACGAUAUUAUAGAUGGAUGCAGAAAAUUCAUCCCAUAUAUACUUAUAGCUUUUAGCAAAUUAUAUAUAGCAAUCUUUGUUUUCGUAUAAAAUAAAAUCACUCUUUGCAUUGUAAAUUUA